AUGGUGACAAUAACAGCCACUAACAAGGACAAGGAGCCAGACGGCGUGGACCUGGUCUCGGAGCUGCGCGCGGAGAACCAGCGACUGACGGCGUCGCUCCAGGAGCUCCAGGAGGGUCUGCCGCAGGAGGCCAGCAGGCUGGGGGCCCCAGGCUCGGAGCGCAUCCUCCUGGACAUCCUGGAGCAUGACUGGCGGGAGGCACAGGACAGCAGGCAGGAGCUGUGUCAGAAGCUGCACGCCGUGCAGGGGGAGCUGCAGUGGGCCGAGGAGCUGCGGGACAAGUACUUGCAGGAGAUGGAGGACCUGAGGCUGAAGCACCGCGCGCUGCAGAAGGACUGUGAUCUGUACAAGCACCGCAUGGCCACUGUCCUGGCCCAGCUGGAGGAGGUGGAGAAGGAGCGCGACCAGGCCAUCCAGAGCCGUGACCGGAUCCAGCUGCAGUACUCACAGAGCCUCAUCGAGAAGGACCAGUACCGCAAGCAGGUGCGGGGCCUGGAGGCCGAGCGCGACGAGCUGCUGACCGCGCUCACCAGCCUGGAGGGUGCCAAGGCCCUGCUGGAGGCGCAGCUGCAGCGGGUCCAGGGGGGCUCCUGCCUCAAGGCUUGUGCCUCUUCCCAUUCCCUGUGCUCCAACCUGAGCAGCACCUGGAGCCUCAGCGAGUUCCCCCCGCUGCUGGGAGGCCCGGAAGCAGCUGGGGAAGCAGCCGUCAUGGGGGGAUCUGAGCCCCACACCUCGGAGGAGGCCACAGAUAGCGAGAAGGAGAUCAAUCGGCUCUCCAUCCUGCCCUUCCCCCCGAGCGCCGGUUCCAUCCUCCGCCGGCAGCGUGAGGAGGACCCCGCACCCCCUAAGAGGUCUCUGGCCAUCCGAGUGUCUUGCCGGAGCCCCCCGGGGGGGCCUGAGCCCCAGGACAAGGGCCCAGACGGCCUGUCAUUCCUUGGGGACAGCUGGUCUGGGGCCGUGGUGCGGAGGGUGCUCUCUGGGCCAGGGUCUGCCAGGGGGGAGCCGAGAGAGCCAAGGGCAGAGGCUGCUGGCCUGGAGGGGGCAGGCCUGGAAGGUGAGGCCCAGCAGAGAACCCUGCUCUGGAGCCAGGCGUCCACACUCCCCUUCCUGAUGGACUUCAAGGCCUGUCAGUCCUUCCACGAGGCCCUAGAUGCCUGGACAAAGGGGCUGAGCACUGAGCCCUUCUAUAUUCGAGCCAACCUCACCCUGCCCGAGCGUGCAGACCCUCAUGCCCUGUGUGUGAAAGCCCAGGAGAUCCUGCGGCUGGUGGACCCGGCAUACAAGCGGCGGCAGGAGUGGUUCUGCACACGGGUCGACCCCCUUACGCUGCGGGACCUGGACCGGGGCACUGUGCCCAAUUACCAGAGAGCCCAGCAGCUCCUAGAAGUUCAGGAGAAAGGGCUGCUCUCCAGCCGGCACCGAGGGCCCCGAAGUAAUGUAAGCAAUGCUGGGCAGGCUGGCAAGGGUCCGGGGAGAGGGCCUGCCAAGGCCCUCAGCCCGCCCCAGCAACCCCUGCCCUGCCCCAAGGCCCUAGGAGCCCAGAAGGGCAGGGGAGGCCAGACCGCUGCAAAGGCCCAGCGCACGGUGAGGUCGAACCACGAGCGGGAGCUGAAAGCAGCUUAG